UGGUCACAAAACUAGUAAGCGGCAGAUCUAAGUUUUUAAACUCUAAGUUUAGAUGACUCCAUGAGUGGAAAGAGUAUAAUGUGGGAUUUUUAUUUUGAGACCAGAGAUUUCCCUUCUUCCUACCUCAUUCAUGGACCUCACCUUGAGACAGGUCUGAAAAUGUACCUUUAAUAUAAGAUGGUGGACAUCAGAGCGUUAUGCAGGUGGGAGCAGGAGGGGGAGUCUGUGCUCAUUUUCCCCCUCCCUGCCACGAGCCACAUCCUUGAGUGGCUGUCACCCAUUCAAACACCCUGGUGAGAAUUUUUUUUACAAAGGAUGCACCCCCCUCUCUGGUUCUUUCAGCUCUCCAAUGCCAAGUGCCCGCGGAGUUAAAUAUAAUCAAACCAACCUGCCCUGGAGAGAGAAAGAACGUGAGCUGGAGUGUGCCCUCACUGGCCAGGUCCCCAGAAAGGCUUUGUAGUUCAAGCUGGAGUUGAGCUACUUAAGUGCACUCGGUCAUCUUGUGUUAAAAAAAGCAUCUGUCUUCAGGAAUGCUAAGCCCCCCCAAUGGAAAGGCGAGUGAGUGGGUGUGGUUAUUUAGAUUUUCAUGAACUAAGGAUUUUAUUAAGUUUCAGUGACUGAAGGUAACACACCACAAUCAAAGGCAAUUCUAUCUGAGAUUCUUUAUCCUGGCUGAAGGAUUCCCAAGCGAGGGGUAUGCAUCACAGUCACUUGGAGGGGUGGUGAAAACAUUGUUGGCCCUACCCAUGGAGUUUCUGAUUCAGUAGGUCUGAGAUGGGCCCCGAGAAUUUGCAUGUCUAACAAAUUCCUGAAUGGUGCUGAGGCUAUUGGCCUGGGGACCACAUUUGGAAAACCACUGACCACAGGUGCGGUCCUCAGACCAGCAAUAUGGGUGUUAACCUGGGAGUAGUUAGCAAUGUAGGAUCCUAAACCCCCACCCCAGACCCACCAAACCCAAAUCUGCUGUUUAACAAGACCCCUGAGUGAUUCCUAUGCACAAAGGUUGGGACACAUCACACCAAGGCAGUGCUUCCCAGACUUGCCAGUCACAGGAGUCUCUUGGCGUGUUUAAAAUUCAGAUUCCUAGGCUGCUCUGGUGACUUGGACUCAGAUGUGGGCGGAUCCCAGGAAUCUGAUACUAAAAAGCCUGUCGGGUGAUGAUGAUCAGAAACAGGAACUUGGGGAAGGUGGCUUCUCAAUGGUCUGUGAUGCCGUCAGAGGAAAUGGGUGGUUGUGAGAACCGCAGCGCCUGCAGAUGUAAGCCAGGAGCCUCCAGGACCCUGCAACAGCUCCGAGAGCUCUGGGCCCUCUUCCCUGGCCAGGUUGCUCUUGGGAACCUGGGUCUCUCAGUCAGGGGUCUCUCAGGAGCACGGGGCUCCUGUCCCAUCCCAGGUGUACAAACUGCUCACCACGGGCAGAUGCAGAGCUGCCCAAAGCGAUGCCGAGGCGCUCUCCCUGAAGAUUCUCGCAGGCCGACAGGGUCCUGGAGGUCCUAGGACUAAGGAUGUUGGCAGACUUCUGGAAGGGCCCCCCAAAGUGCUAAUCUUCUCCAGCCAAAACAUGCGUCUUAGCCCCCAUCCCAAGCCUCUGAUGACAGGAAAUCAAUUUCUCUCAACCAUGUGCUUCUGAGAGUUCUGCUGAGGAACGAUGGGAAGUCAGCCCAGCAGAGGAAAAACCCUGCCAAGCCCAAGCUCAAGACCCUCUGUCCAAGGCCAGUGCCCCGCGCCCAUGCCCGCAGAGAGGAGCAAGGCCACAGCUGUGGCUCUGGGCAGUUUUCCAGUAGGCGAGCAGGCAGAGCUGUCACUGAGACUGGGGGAGCCACUGACCAUCAUCUCUGAGGAUGGAGACUGGUGGACAGUGCUGUCAGAGGUCUCAGGCAGAGAAUACAGGAUCCCCAGCGUCCAGGUGGCUAAAAUCUCCCAUGGGUGGCUGUAUGAGGGUCUGAGCCGGGAGAAAGCGGAGGAACUGCUGCUGCUGCCUGGAAACCCUGGAGGAGCCUUCCUCAUCCGGGAGAGCCAGACCAGGCGAGGCUGUUAUUCCCUGUCAGUCCGCCUCAGCCGCCCUGCAUCCUGGGACCGGAUCAGACACUACAGGAUCCAACGCCUUGACAAUGGCUGGCUGUACAUCUCACCACGCCUCACUUUCCCCUCACUCCAGGCCCUGGUGGACCAUUACUCUGAGCUGGCGGAUGACAUCUGCUGCACCCUCAAGGAGCCCUGUGCCAUGCGGAGAGCUAUCCUAGUCCCUGGCAAGGACAUACCCCUACCUGUGACUGUGCAGAGGACACCACUCAAUUGGGAAAAGAUAGACAGCGCCCUCCUGUUCUCUGAAGCACCUGCCACGGGGGAGGAGUCGCUCCUCAGCGAGGGGCUCCGGGAGGCCCUCAGCUCCUACAUCAGCCUGACUGAUGACAUCUCCUUGGAUGAUGCCCAAGCCCCAAGGAGAGGCCGAAAGGGGAACCAAGGCUGCAGCACCUAGAAUCCCAACUUGGCUCAGCCUGACUGAGCACCCGAGGCAAGGCUGUCCACUGAGUGCGGGGAGGGCAGGGACACAGGCACAUUCAGGGGCCCACCUCUGCUCCCGCCUCUCAGCCCUAAGAAGUCACUAACGCCCUUCCUAAGCAAACAUCCAUGUAGAAUGAUUAAAUGGAAAGUUGCUUCUUAAAAAAAAAGUCACUAAGCUCCUCCCAGUGCCAUGACCCCACACCUGCAACCUCUAGUUCAAGUACAGACCAGUUGAGAGUAAGACCAGAGCUCCCAAGAGAGAUUAGCUUCCUCUGGGGUCUGAUGUCAGUGCCUGAGUUUAGGAUUUCCAGUACCAUCUUUCUCCCCUGCCAGCUGAGUCUGAUUCGAACCCCUCCCCUCACUGCUAACCAGCCUCACCCACAAGGUAAAAACCACCACCAGCAUCAAAGAAAAAAAAAUCACUUAAAAGAAAAUUUACACGUCUCACUAGGAAUACUUCUACUCUGUGGCCUAGAAGGGACAGCAAAGCAGAGGGGUGGCUAGUUCACCACAGCAGCAGAACCUGGGUGGUCCAGCCUCCCCAUGACCCCAGAGCAAAGAGAAGGACCUCUGGCAGUCAGGUCCUCAGAUGUCCCCAUCAAGCCCCUUCUUUGGGCAGCUGUAGCUCUCAGAUCUGUUUCAUUUUGUGGCUUAUCAUUUGGACCUGGCCAAGCCUUAACUGGCUACAAUGCCUUGCCAUCUUGUGGCCAAAUGCAAAAUGACACCUUCUGAGCUUAGUGCACUGCGAUGAGGUCAGUUGUGUGUGGUUCUCAGUGCUGGGCAGGGGCACUGGGCAUCAGAAAGCGGUAUGCCCUCUCUCCACAAAGCCACAGAAGGAAAGAGGCCUGGCUGGAGCUGCUGGGAGCAGGGAGAGGAAGAGGG